GUUCAAGAUGGCGGCAGAUUUUUAUUUCUUUCUUCUCCUGGCUGUGUGCUGUGUGCAUUUAUAUGUGUGCCCAUUUACCAAAGUAGAAGAAAGUUUUAAUUUGCAAGCCACUCAUGAUUUGCUCUACCAUGGAACGAACAUUUCCAAGUAUGAUCAUUUAGAGUUCCCUGGUGUGGUGCCCAGGACAUUUCUUGGACCAAUUUCUGUCUCCUUUCUUGCAAAUCCAGCUGUCUUGAUCCUUAAAAUGGCUGGAGCAUCUAAAUUUUGGUCACAGUAUGUAGUGCGAUUUUCUCUUGGUUUGCUUGGUCUUCUUGCCUUUUCAAAGUUCCGAAAAUCUAUUGCAAACAAGUUUGGACAGGACAUUGGGAAGAUCAUGGCAGUUAUCACUGCAACACAGUUCCAUUUCUUGUUCUACAUUUCAAGACCAAUACCAAAUACUUUUGCACUUGUUUUAGUUCUCUUAGCAUUUCAUUACUGGCUGGAUCAGCACCACGCCAAAUUCAUUUGGAUUUCAGCCUUUGCGAUUAUUAUCUUCCGAGCAGAGUUGUGUAUUUUGCUUGGCCUGAUCUUAAUGUUAGAGCUUAUUACAAAACGUGUGUCUCUAGGCACUGCAUUUAUCCAUGCAGCAUUAGCUGGUGUCAGUGCUUUAGCUUUGACUGUUUCUGUGGACUCCAUAUUUUGGAGAAGGUUCCUGUGGCCUGAGGGUGAAGUCCUGUGGUACAAUACUGUCCUCAACAAAAGUUCUAACUGGGGUACCUCACCAUUUCUUUGGUACUUUUACUCUGUUCUUCCUAGAUGUUUGAUGUUUGCUCUAUUUUUAGUCCCUCUGGGACUCUGGCGGGAUAGGAGAACCUGGGAACUAGCUGCACCAUGCUUAGGCUUUGUGUUAAUGUAUUCAUUUCUUCCUCAUAAAGAAUUACGAUUCAUUAUUUAUGUCAUCCCUGUGAUGAAUGCAGUGGCUGCUCAUGGUCUGAGCUAUAUAUUCAAGAGUGAAUCCAAAUGGCAUAGUUUAGUCUCUGCUGUGGUCAAACUGGUGACUGUGGGGGGUCUCCUAGGUAGCUGUCUAAUGACUGUCAUAGCGCUUUAUGUUUCACAUUUUAACUACUCAGGGGGAGCGGCUCUGCAAAAGCUACACACGCUAUUAGAGAACCACCCAGAACCUUGUCAUGUUCACAUUUCUGUUGCUGCGGCUCAAACUGGUGUUUCUCGAUUCGGAGAGAUCAAUCCAUCUUGGAGAUAUUCAAAAACAGAAGGUCUGGAAAAAGGCAGCCCGGAUAUGCUGGUUUUCUCGCAUCUUAUAACUUAACCAGAAUGCUACGAGCCGAAGGAGAGUUCACAUUUUGUUCUCGGUGAGGUAGAGGGGCUUGCUGGUCUAGAAAUGGUACAAAGAAUGUGUAUUCUGGAGAGAAAAACUUGGAGGGAGGCCAAGACUUGAAUUUUUAAUGUUUGGUUUUAAGGCCAAAAAUAAGUAACGAAUUCUUUAAAUACAGAAGAUUGGCGGUAAAGAUUUGAUAGCAUUGCGUAGAUUGAUUAGUUUUUGAUCAUUGAAAAUUACAUUGAAUUACUAUAAAAAAGAUAGGGUCUUUAUCGCUUGAAGAAGACCUGCAGUAUGCGGUAAAGUGGUCGCGAUCCACAUCAGGAAUACCCCUAUCUUAAGGAACAAACGAUUGUUAUUCAUUACAAGCAUUUUUAUUUUCCAUAUCACGUUUUAAAAUAUGACUAAUUGCUUUCAAUCGCGGAGAUAAAUUCUUAACUUGUUAUCUUAUCUAAGGACAGAGAAAUUAGUGAAGGUUACAAGUUCUGCAUCGAAUAAUAAAAUGUUUUCGAAGUACCUAA